AUGGAUACGUCAGAAAUGCUAGGGUAUGGUUUGAAAAUCGAACAUACCCCAAGGAAUGAGGUGAUCACAAAGAGAGGCUGCGACCUCAUCCUCACGGUGAAGGCCCCAACAUAUGAUGCCAAAUGCAACCAGAAAACUCCCAGGAAAAAUUCUCGAAAUGGAUCGAAAAUCUCAAUCAAGAAAUACCACCAAAGGCCAGCGUUUGGUGUCAAGUCAGGUACCAGCAGCUGA